AGAGACAAUUAGUCAAAAUGGCAACAUCUUUCCCUAUGAAUAGUGGUGAUGCUGUUUAUAGCUACUCCAAAAACUCCCAAAUACAGAGAGAAGUGUUAGAUGGUGCAAAGGAGAUGAUGAAAGAAGCAAUUAUUGAAAAUCUUGACAUCAAAAACAUGUUAUCUUCUUCAAACAAAUUUUAUAUUACAGACUUGGGAUGUUCGAUUGGACCAAACACAUUCAACUCAAUGCAACAUAUUGUACAAGUUGUAAAGGAAAAGUACCAUGAUAACAUUCUUGAAUUCCAAGUAUUUUUCAAUGAUCAUUUAAACAAUGAUUUCAACACCCUUUUUCGAUCACUACCUGUUGAUCGAUCCUAUUAUGCAUCUGGAGUUCCAGGAUCUUUUCAUGGUAGAUUAUUUCCAUCACGAUCAAUACAUUUUGCACAUUCUUCUUGUGCUAUACAUUGGUUAUCUAGGUGUCCAAAAGAAUUAUUAGAUGAAAAAUCUCCAGCAUGGAAUAAGGGAUUGAUUCACUAUGUAGGUGCAUCAAAUAUUGAAGUAGUGAAUGCUUAUGUUGCUCAAUUUGAAAAGGACAUGGAAAUGUUCUUCAAUGCAAGAGCUGAGGAAAUUGUUCAUGGAGGAAUGAUGGUGCUUCUUUCACCAUUUUCGGGUUAUCGUUACCUCAAAUUUUUUGGCUCUACUCUUAUGGAUUUGGUAAAUGAGGGAAUGCUAGAUGAAUCUCUAGUUGACUCAUUCAACGUGCCAGUGUAUUUUCCCUCUGUUGAAGACAUGACUAAAGUGGUGGAGAAGAAUGAUUUUUUUAGCAUUGAGAAAAUAGAAUUAACAUAUCCUAAAUCAAAACUCGUGGAUGAGGCUGAUGCAAAGACUUUAAUCAUAAACCUAACAACUGUUUUACAAAAUCUUUUCAUCAAUCAUUUUGGGAAUAAAAUAACAGAAGAAAUAUUUACAAGGACUAUACUCAAAAGUGAAGAGAUUUCAACAUGGAUGAAAAUAAAUUGCGAAAAAGCAUGUCAAUUAUUUGUCGCUUUAAAGCGUAAAUAAUUCUUUGUUCGGAAAUUAUUAUAUAAUAAACAAGGUCUAUGGAGAUCGACAUGACAUGCAUAUCUCAUAGGCCAAGUUUCUUAUGUAUCUUCUUUAUUAAUAACAUUAUAUCUACUUAUUGAGUGAAAAGAUGCCUUUUGGUUGCAAAAGAGCAAAAUUAGAAUUGUUUCACCUUAUGUAAUGAAGAAUUUGGAGUGUUUGUAAAAUUGUUCUUUUCUAUUAUUUUUUAUGUAUUAAUUUG